GCGCCGCAGAUGGCGGCACGGUGACGGUGCAGACGCGACGCACGUCGCUCGGUGUGUCCGGUCCGUUCGUGUUUCCCCAGCUUUCUCGUGUCACGGUGUCGCGAGCGCGUCUCUCCGUUGACGCUCGCGGUCCGCGGUUCGGUUUUUAUCUAAUCGGCCGUGGGUGAAUACGUUUCGGGCGAGCGUGUGUUCGAACAGCAGCGCACCGUUCUCGGUCACGAGCGUGCGUGGCCUGUGGCUGUGCGCGAGAAUCGGAACGGUCGGUCGGGUGUCCCGGGUCCGUCCGUCCGUCGAACGAGGAGCAAAGAAGAGACAGAGGCGAGCCGCGGGGUUCUUCGGGCUAGGUGUGCGAGGGACGACGAGCCGCGCGAACAGACUAGAGUGAGACGGAACGUCGAGUGCGCGACGACGACGACGACGACGACGACAAGCGGGGUGAGGUUAGAGGCGAGGGCGGAGAGCGUGUCGGACGAGGAUAGCGUGUCGGCGCGAUAGAGAGCGAGAGGGGGGACUAGAGGAACGGAACAGGAGCGAGAAGAGGCUAGAAGUGUGUCGGGGCAGUUCGUCGAGGAAGGAGCAGAAAUCUCUUCCUUUUCCUCGCCGUGUGGAUCGAACGGGGGUUGCUGUGGGUGGGUGGGGUGCCGAAAAAGGGAGGAACGUGCGGAGGAGAAGCAGCCUCGGUAAAGGGAACAGGCGAAUAAUAUCGGCGGACGGCGGAAAGGGUGCACGGGUGCCGCGGUGUCUCUCUAACCAAAGGAGACGGAGAGAGGGAGAGAGCAGCGCACCGUGUCGACGAACGCCAGUGCGAGACAGAGACAGUGCGGUGCCGUGUAAACAUACAUCCUCGUUGCCCGUGAGUGCGUGCGCGAGAGUGGCGAUCAUCAACGGCGGCCCGACGACGACGUUCGUCGGCCGUGCAGAUUUCGUUGGCCGCGUUCACGCGUCCCGUAUAUCGACGGACUCCCGGCUGACGUAUCGGUGCGUCGCGGGGACGGAGGAGGAAGUCGGACCCGACACGAACGAGAAAAAUCGGCCGAGCAACGGUCCCCCAGUCGCCGUGGCAUCAAUCGUCCCCGGCAUUCGGGCACGCGUACGAAACCUCUCGUCACAAAUGACAGUCGAUCGGACGGGAGGGAUAGUCAGCUGCUCGCUGGAUUCAACUGUCUAGCGGGUUAACCGGGACGCGAGAUGCAUCGGAGGGUGGGAUACAGCAACUACGAUGGCAAGAUCGCCGGCCUGUACGACCUGGAGGAGACACUCGGCCGCGGUCAUUUCGCCGUCGUGAAGCUGGCACGGCACGUUUUCACCGGCGAGAAGGUCGCAGUGAAGGUCAUCGACAAGAGCAAACUCGACGAGGUCUCGAGGGCGCACCUCUUUCAGGAGGUGAGAUGCAUGAAGCUGGUGCAACAUCCGAACGUGGUCAGGCUUUACGAGGUGAUAGACACCCAGACGAAGCUUUACUUGAUCCUGGAGCUAGGCGAUGGCGGUGAUCUAUACGAUUACAUCAUGCGGCACGACAGCGGCCUCAGCGAGGAGGUGGCCAGGACCUAUUUCCGGCAAAUAGUCAGAGCCAUAUCAUAUUGCCAUCGAUUACACGUGGUGCAUAGGGACCUGAAACCCGAGAACGUGGUGUUCUUCGAGAAACUCGGCACCGUGAAGCUCACCGACUUCGGAUUUAGCAAUAGGUUUUGCCCUGGCCAGAAGCUGGAAACUUCCUGCGGCUCGCUGGCGUAUUCCGCGCCGGAAAUUCUCCUCGGAGAUAGCUACGAUGCUCCCGCUGUCGAUGUUUGGUCCCUAGGUGUUAUUUUGUACAUGUUGGUGUGCGGCCAAGCUCCAUUCCAAGAGGCUAACGACAGCGAGACCCUCACGAUGAUCAUGGACUGCAAGUACUCUAUUCCGCCGCAUGUAUCGGAGGGUUGCAAGCGGCUGAUCGCUAAAAUGCUCGUCAGAGAGCCAGAGGGCCGAGCGACGCUCGAGGAAAUCGCUGCUGACCCUUGGUUGGCGAUCGGGAGCGACUCGGAUCCCGUGGAAGCGUUGCCACUUGUUUCUAGGCAACAAGUGUCUGACGAUCAUCAUAAUCAUAUAAUCACCAAAAUGGUUAAUGGUAACAUCGCCACCAAAGAAGAAAUAUUGGAUGCUCUAGACAAGAACGAGUACAACCACAUAACGGCGACGUAUUUCCUGCUAGCCGAAAGGAAACUGCGAGCCCACCGUCAGGAGCAGGUGCAGAAGACACGUCCAGAGAUUCUAGACGUUUCCGCAAAGCGGCAAGAUGACACACCAACCAACCUGCGUGUCGAGCAGAACUCUCUGAGCACGGUGAACCAAACGUUGCUCAGUCUUCCUCGGACCCCUGGCGAAGUGCCUCAGAGCGUGCGGACGCGGAAAUGCAGCAUCGUACAGGAGGAGGAGGACGAGGACGAGGACGACGUGUCUUCGUGUUCGGGUCGAGACGAUCGGGGCAGCAAUUCCGCUCUGAACUCGUUCAACCGGCGCGGCUCGCGUUCCGAGGGCAAACUCUCGCACAUCCUGCAGGACCGUCUGUCGCAGCUGCCGGAGAAGCCGACCGGCAAGCCACCUCCAUCGCGGACCGUAUCGAAGGACGGCAGCGUUGUUUCCAUCAUCGACGGGGAGGACAGGCUGAAGUCUAGUCCUAGCACCGGGAAUGACACCCUGUCGCCUGUCCUCCAGAACAUGGUGAGCAGGACUCAGCCAGGCAACUUGCUGGAUAAAGUACCCAGCUGCCAGGAGAACCUGAAGAACCGCCUCGGGGAUUCACCUGGUUGGACGAGGAAGCAAGUUACUAUGGAGAACAGACCGAAGUCUGUUACAGAGUGCUUGAAACCAAUGGGACCGGUACCGGCGAAUAAAUGGCGGAUGGGGUCGCAGCAUCGGCCAACAGGAUCAUCUUUGGACUCCGCUUUGUCGGCUAAUGUACCGAAACCAGCUGACCCCAAUUCAACUACCACUACUACAACAAUCUUGACGGAGUCCUCUACAGUCUCCAUUCCUCUUCAUCCCGUAGUCGUUGGCGACAAUCAGCUAUUGACCCCUAAGUACAAGACCAUGCCCUCACCGGGUAGCACUGGCACGCUGCCCCAGAUGACUCUGAAUGAGAUUCUGGAAGAUGGCGACCGGGUAGCAGUGCCGACGCCAGAGAGCGGUAGUUCAAAGUGCCGGGUGGUCCGGAGCACAGGGUACGAUCAGAAGCGUAGCAAGUUCCAUAAGACGCGCACCACGUCUUGCUCUAGUUCCGACGCUAGCGAUGACGAUAGUGAGAGCAGGAAGAAGAGAGCUCAUAAACUUGGUGCGUCUGCUAAGCCUCUACCUUCUAGGCGUGAUAGUCACGAUGAUUCUAGUGACUCCCAGGAUCCAGGUGGCAGUGGAGGAGGUGGCGGAGGUGGUGGCGGCGUCAGCAACGGGGAACACGCAGCAGAGGCUCCUAGCGAGACGACUCAAAACGACAGCAGCAGCGGUACCAAUACUACAACCACGACUACUACGACCACUGGCGGGAGGCAUCGGUCAGGAGAGAAUCCGGUGAUAUUCGGCAGGAGGCAUCGAGCUGGAAGGAGAAGAGCCGGUGAGACUAGGUUACGGGAGAGUCAAUCCUUGAACCGGAUCACAGAGGUGCAAGAGGCUGAGGGGCCUUCAGGGCACAACCAGUGCCACGUGUCGCGCAACUCAGCCGUGUUAGGCGUGCAGAGUAUAUCGUCUUCUUCAUCUUCGGUAUCCCAGAGCAGUACAGGGUCCCACAACAUCGUGCAGACCAUGUCGCACGCUGCUGCCACGAUGCAGAAAGCUAAGGGAUUCGGCGCGAGGUUGCUGCAAAGUUGGUCUCUUACUUCCGGCAAGUCAUCUUUGCCGCAGCCGUCGAACGGUCAGAACAGUUGCAGCCCAAAUGGCCGAUGCAACAAGCAGGAGCCACAGGGGAACAAUUGUUGCCAGCAAAUCGAGAUCUGCUGCGACGACAGGUGGGACUUGAACAACAGCUCGGUAAACCAGAUACCGUCCGACGACAAGGAGAAUAGGAACGGUUCCGUGAACAGGAACGACUGCAAGAACAGGAAGAUACGACUCUUGAGUCGCUAUUUCGCGCUGCACAAGAAGCUGUGUGUACCUCUGCCUGGUUUAUUCGGCAAGGGACGGUUGUACAAGGCUCGUUCCUGCGGCAGCAUCGCCCGGGACCGCGUCAGCCCACCAUCCCCCAAGUCCAUGCUGUUCUGCUCGACAGUGGAUGACAAAUGGCGGGACCGCAGGCAAUGGUGCGACGCGAAGCACCAGCACCGCGGCAGCGACAGCGACAUCAACCAGAAUCUCGGCCUGCCGCACCUGGUCCAGGAGAGCGUGCCUCUGUUGAUGAAGAACGUCGGAGAGCCGCGAGCAGACCGAUGCACGGAACGACGGAAGGAUUGGUCGGUGAGCCCGGCGCGCGCAGCCCCGACUCUCAGUGUUGCUCCUUCGAUGGAUAACGAUUACAAAGGGGGAGAUAGAGAGCAGAAGAAGAAGGGAGAGAGAGAUAGGCCACGUGGUUAUCACCAAGUGCAAUCUAUUUUCUAAUAAACGCGGAGAGACACGCGGCUUGCGGGAAAAAAUGGUCGUCGCUAGUUGCGACGCCAACGAGCGGCGGCGUGUGUGUGGGAACGCGCGCGCUCGUAGAGGAGCGCGUUGAUUCGUAAAGCUAGAGAACCGCGACGGAUCAUCCGAACGGCGAAGAUUGUGGUAAUCGUUAGCCACGACCCCGGUGAUUACGCGCGGCAUGCGUCAAUGGUCAAUGUAUUCAACCGAUUCAUGGCUCGUUCCUCUUGCUGAUCCCCCCUCCUCGCACAUCCCUCUCCAACAACCUUCUCCACCGUUCUGCUCCCCCUCCUCCGCACCCUCCUCCCGCUUCCCUCAACCCGUGCGCGCCUUGAACGAGAUGCGUGUCCGAUGAGCACAAGGGUCGAGUCAAGAGGGAAGAGCGUAUCGAUCGAUCGGUCGCUCGGCGGGAAGUGUAUCUAGUCCGUGUGAACAAACCUAUAUUGAAUAUUGCAGAGUUUAUUAAUAUUAUUAUAUAAUUAUUAUUAUUAAUUAUUAUUAAUUAUUAUUAUUAUUAUUAUUA